AAGAAAGGGUUUAUAAGUGCGGGUAACGCGAGCUGCCUGGCUUUGCGCAUGGAGAGCGGAGCGCACCGGUUUCAGUGCAACUACUGAGCGCCUUGGAUGACGCCCUCGGAGGAGAACUUAGGCCGACUUCACCUGUAACCUUUCUACUUUCCUUAACGGCUUAUAGAUGAAAACGACCCCGGAGGCAACUCUUCGUAGGACAAGGAGCCCGUCAGUCUGCGGCGCACGGCGCAAAACCGGCGACCAUGUCGGACAACUUCACGGAUUUUAACAACGACACGCUGCCGGCGGCCGCCGUCACACAUUUAAACUUCCCAGCUCUAAUUUUCGGGAUUUUCUUGAUCAUCGUCAUCACUUGUGGAAAUGUGCUCGUGUGUCUUAGCGUUUACUUGGAGAAGGCUUUAAAAACCACAACAAACUACUUUAUAGUGAGUCUAGCUUUUGCAGACUUGCUGCUGGCGGUGCUGGUUCUCCCACUCUUCGUUUACUCAGAGUUCCAGGGUGGAGUGUGGUCCUUGAACAUGCUGAUGUGUGAUGGACUGAUGACCAUGGAUGUGAUGCUGUGCACCGCAUCAAUAUUCAACCUUUGUGCUAUCAGUGUUGACAGGUUCAUUGCAGUGUCCAUACCACUAAACUACAACCGUAAACAUGUGGACCAUCGUCAGCUCAUCCUGCUGUCCGCUACCUGGCUGCUGGCUUUAGCAGUGGCCUCACCUGUCAUAUUUGGAAUCAACAAUGUACCUAACCGUGAUCCCACUGAGUGUAAAUUGGAGGACAACAACUAUGUGGUCUAUUCCUCUGUCUGCUCCUUCUUCAUUCCCUGCCCCAUCAUGGUUCUGCUCUACUUUGGGGUUUUCCGUGGGCUGCGUCGCUGGGAGGAGGCUCGUAAGGCCAAACUGCGAAGCAGCAUUGAGGCUUGCAGGAAGCUGCAGCACGCCGCCGUCACCACGGCACUGCCCCCGCUGCAGGGCACCAUCCCCGGACCUCUGCCCAUGCCUCUGCCCAGGAUCAUCGAGAGGGAUCUAGCUCAGUCUCGCAUGGAUGAUUCUGGCGACUACAUACAGCAGGAGAUUCCUUAUCCACGACAGUACAGGGAGAACUCGGUGCCUACAGUGACAUUCAGCCAACAGCAGCAAAUAAAGAAAAGAGCCAAGCUCAACAGCAGGGAGAGGAAAGCUAUGAGGGUGCUACCUGUCGUAGUAGGUUGCUUCUUGUUCUGCUGGACUCCAUUCUUCGUGGUCCAUAUAAUGCGAGCCGUGUGUCUGACAUGCAACAUCCCUCCAGGUCUGAUGAGCACCGUCACCUGGCUGGGCUACGUCAACAGCGCUCUCAACCCCAUCAUCUACACCAUAUUCAACACAGAGUUCAAGAAGUUCUUCAAGAAGUGCUUCCGCAGCUGCUGCUGACAACAGAUUUCCCUCCACGGACUCUGUGUUGAACUAAAGGCAGGAAUGAGGAAUCUGGGAACAGGUUUUUGGAGGAUUUUCAGCAUAUAUGACUCCUAUUGGAAAGUCAGAGGCUUUCACUUUUGUCAGGUUGUCUUUCUGACAACCUGAUUUAAAAUUUAAAAUUACAAAUAUAAGUUUCGUGUCUGAUGAUGUACUUUUGUGAUCUCGAUGGAUUACUGCCUAAAAAAAAAUAACAGUGCUUUUGUGGAAAGUUACAGAAUACAGCUAACAUAGCCUCUCCUGUCAAAAACCAAUAUUUCACUUUGUCUGCACACCACUUUUUUUGGUCCAUCAGCCUUGGCUGGCUGGGGGUUACUGUGAGCCAGUUCCAGCGAAGGACGUGAGGAUUUGUAUAGAGCCUGAGUAGCAUUACUGCCUGAAAGGAUAAUCUCAGGGCAAAACAUCUCCAAGGAUACCGAAAGACUGAAUAAGCUUCAACAGAGCAGAAUGACAAGCAGCUGAAAGCAGCUUCAUGAGCAAACGGUUGAUCUGAAAUCACCCACUCAUGCCCACUGUUACGAAUAAGCAUAAGGCAAUCGUUUGGCAUUAUGUGUUUCUUGCAGACAGAUAAUGAAGAUAAAACCAGGAAAUACGAAGCUACAGCCAGCAGCUGGUUAGCUUGACUUAGCUUAGUGUAGCUUAGCCUAGCUUAGUGUAAAGGUUGGAAAGAGUGGAAAACUGCUAUUGUGGCUCUGUCAGAGGUACUGCACGACCUUCUACACCUUGUCUACUUUUUUAAUAGAGGUUUGUGUUUUUGAUACCAGAUAUCACACAGUGCCUGCAUUUAUUGGCAGUUAAUUUCAUGUAAAUGAUGCACUGAAUUUGUUUCUCCAUACACAGAAAAACUAGUCUUUCAUUUUUCAUUCAUGUGUUUUUGAAACAUGUUUACACUAUACACUUGAGAACGUUUGCAGAGAAAAGAGUCUUCAUCACUGAAGCCUUUUCCCUCUUAUAAGUCAAACUUUCUCUAAUAGAUAGUUUUGGAAAUUAUUUGUAUUUCUCCAUACUUUUAUUCAUCAAGAGAUUCUAGCUCUUUUGUCUACUUCCAUACUUACAUCGCCCUUUUUGAGCAGUAUCAAGCAAAGUUACAUGAAGUGCAUAGUUAACUCCAUAUUUGUAAGACAUUUUGGGUGAAACUAUAUAUAGUUUAUAUGAUGGUGUUGUUUAUCCAUGUUUAAUUUUCAUUUAAUACUGUAGAAGCCUUAUAUUAUAUGUGAUCAGAGGUACAGCAAAUUGCAAAAGUUCACAAAAUGCUGAAGGUAAUGGAAAGUUGCAAACAAACGCUGGUAAGUGCACACCUUACCAUGCUGACCAUGAGACACCACCCUGAUGAAAUUCAUGUACAUCAGUACACAGUAGUGUACUUAGUGUUACAUGAAAGGGUAUUAAAGGAACUCCUGAUCUGUGUCAGAACACAUUUUAUGACUCAUUAAUAUAGAACAUGAGGUAUUUCCAAAGGGUUAGGAUACUAUUACUUGCUAAAUGUAUAAAGUUUAUUUAACUUGGAAAACAAAACAGUGGCAUAAAAUCACCCAUUUUUAGCCUCAUGCGGGGUUAUAAGUCCAGCAGCUUCUUGGACCAGCAUGGAAGUCUUUGUCACCUUUCUAUUAGGAUGCAGAAUCCAGGCUAGCAGUGCGCCACCUGUUCCAGUCUUUACACUGAUCUGAGCUAAGCUACACAACUUCUGACUAAAGCUUGAGUGUGUUUGUCUGAUUGACUGGAAGGAUAUAAAUGUGGUUGUGUUUCUUCUAUUUUCGGGCAAGAAAGCAAGAAAAUGUGCACCAAAGCGCAUUGUUCCUACAGCACACUCACUGCUGCUGAUGAUUUUAACUGUUUAAUUCAUUUUGGCUGGAUGGAGGGAAGUAAUGUUUUUCCUUCAGAGAAAGAAAAAUUUUGCAAUGAGGCCCAAAGUGUAAAAGAUCAGCUACAUUCAGCCAAAAUCCAGUCAUGAACUGCUAACGUGUUAUGAGCCGCUGUAAAUUACUUAAAAGAUUUACAAUACAGAAUGUGGUGAAGUUGAAACGAGCUUACUGUGGCUAUUUAAAGUAUGUUUAACAUGUGUAUUGAUGAAAGCAUUCAGAUAAAUUUAGUAGCUUUAUGCCUUAAGUUAAAAAUUUUGAAGUUGUCAUGGAAAUAAUGAGUAGUUUAUUCCUUUCUCUGCUUCAGUGCUAAAGGGAUUACAUGUCUACAUAAAGUUACACAAAUUAAAAAAAAAUGCUGCCUGACUAACUCUGAAUCUUUCCACUAAUUAUGUUAUUACACCUAAUUAUGUUAUUAUGUAUUCCUGCCACCAUGACAGUACACAGUAUUUACGUAUUUACUCAUUAUGACAAGAAACCAGUCAUGUUAAUUAAUUCUUUAUAAAAUUGCUAUAUAAUAUCAACUUAUGAAUGUUGAUAUUUUUCAUAAAUAACUUUACCCUGUUUUUAUCUGUUAAAAUAAUAAAAGCUUAAGUACUGCAUAUUCUUUCUACAAACAUUCAUUUCAACAAACAUUUUAUAUAUAGACACAUUGGUUUUGCUUGUGACAUGUAAUAUGAUUGUAAUAUAUGUUGUAAUGGGGACAAGUUACAGUGAGCAAAGGUCUUAUGUCAGGGUGAAGUUGAGAAUAGUUUUGUGAUAUAGGAGGAAGAUAUCCUGUGAGAAUAUAAGAUGAAAAACUGGGCCCCAGAUUGCUGCUUGACAAAAUUUUAUUUAAAACAUGUUCAUUUAUUUUCCAAAUAAUCUCAAACAGAACUGUAGAGUUUGUAAUUGGGCAAUCAAAAGUGUAUACUUGACGUUGAAUGAAACCUUUGAAAGAAACCUCAGAUUGAGCAAAGUUUUUCCAGAUUGUGUCUUGACAAUGUUCCACAUUAAUCAUUGUAAAGGUUUGUGAAAAUGUUUUAUUCUGUUCUGAAACCUGAGUGGUAUUUCUACCACUCUAUGUAUGUUUGAUUACUGACUGUGCCUAUUGUAUGCCAUAUCCACGUUUUAUGUGGAAACCUUUCUAAUAAAGCGUGUCAUCUUUCUAA